AUGGCCAACCACUCUGUGCAACAUCCUUCGAAGAUGGACUCGCAACACACUGUUCAGUAUCCUCCGGUAAUACAAGCAUACCCGACCGAGCUGUAUCGACGGUCAUCUUCUUCGGAUGAGAGCCGGCUUGUGAAAAAGCCGCGUGCAAGUAAGCCCAAGGUCAAGUCUGGAUGCGUGACUUGUAAGGCUCGGAGAGUUAAGUGCGAUGAGACAAAACCCCAUUGUCUCCGAUGCCAGAAGUUUGGAAGAAUUUGUGACGGCUAUACUCCUGAGCCAGCACAGUCCCGUGGAUUGAGUCAACUUCAACCGCGAAUUCCGUCUAGCAGUCUGUACGGCCCAAGCGUAGCUAUCCAUGCCACAGAAGAAGAGCAUAGAUACUUCCAGGUGUUUACUGAACGUACAGCCCACGAAUUGUCAGGCUUCUACGACCCAACCUUCUGGACGAAGCUUGUCCUUCAGGAAAGUCACAGUGUAGCAGCCAUCCGACACUCAGUCAUCGCUCUAGGUGCCCUCAACAAGAGCUUGGAGUCUGCCCCAGGACCCAAUCUGAAAGUCAAUGUUAUUCAGAGUAUCGACAAAAGACAUCAUGAGCAAGCUGUCCUUGCACAUCUCAAAGCUAUCCAGUCACUCAAUAGCUAUAUAUCCUCGUCUGGUUCACCACAGCUGAGAAAUGCUCUCAUUGCAUGCUUACUAUUCGUCUGCUUCGAGACAUUCCAAGGUUGCUAUGCAUCCAGUGUUCAGCAAAUCUAUGGAGGACUGAAAAUCCUCCGAAGCUAUUACAUGGGCAAGCCGGGUUCGCGGCCGUGGAUCCCUCGGAGAGGCGCCGUUGACUCAUUGAGGUUCAAGUCCGGCCAUGUAGCUAAAGUCUCCAAUAGUCUUCAGACACGAGAAGGUUGCGAUAAUGUUUCGAAGGAUAGAGCCAUUGCUCAACACGUCGAGGAUUACCUAGAAAACGAGAAUUAUUCUCGAACGGACCUGACAGACGAGAAUUCCAACCUCAUAGCAGCGUAUCCCCGUGGAGAUCUGGCCAAGUCACUUGUACAUGAUCCGGAAUUCUUAAUUCGCCACAUGGGCGGAACAGAGUUCCAGCAAACCCCAGUGCAGAAAGACCAACAGAAAAGGAGUUCACAUGCCCCAUUGAUGCCAUCUCCAAUGGAGCGACAGUUCAGUGAGGGCAGAUCAUCGGCAGGAAACCCAUCACCAGAAGCCUUGACUUACUGUGGCAUGAAACAGCUUUCCAGUUCUAAUCCGACGACACCAACGACAUACACCCCUCCUUCAACAGCUCCUCCGACCCCAUCGACACUCAUCCCCGUGCCAUCACAGAACUCAACUGCCGCACCAGCCCCAAUCACAAGCCGGAAACGUCCUCUCGCUUCUCGAAGUCCAACUCCUGUGCCUCUUCUCCAAAACGACCUCACCAUCGAAGAAGUUCUCAUACAAUCGUUCGUCCGCCUCGACGGAUCUGGUCUCUUCUUCGGAAUGGUACCUGGAAUCCCCCCUUUAGUCUGGGACACGCAUCAAAUCUGGCACCUCCCCAUCCCCGCUGCCCCCUUCACCCACUUCCCCACUGCGCAACGAUGCUGGGACUUUCUCAUGGACCGCACCCUCCAGUUCUACCGCCGCACUCUGUUCAAUAGACGCUACGCCCCCUCGACAAGUGAUCCCCCGGCCCUAAUAACAAAACAAUACAACAUGCACACCAAGCAACUCUCUCUGUUCGAUAAAGCCUUCGCACCUCUCCUCAAAACAGCCAUCCUCCCAGACGGUACCGUCACCAAUGCCGCCGCUCUCAUACUCUCUCUCAACCUAAAAUGUACCGCCAUAAUGCUCGCCACCGUACAAAACGAAUCAGAAAUGCUCUACGACGAUUACAUCGAGGAUUUUGCAUAUAUAGUACGCACAUGCAAGAAAAUCGUUGCGGAGCAAGACUCCCUCCACCUGCCGCGCAACACACGCUUCAGCUUCGACACCGGAAUCGUACCACCUUUGCACGUCACAGCUAGUAAAUGCCGCAACCCUGUCAUCCGUCGUGAGGCCAUCGCGCUCUUGUUCUCAAGUCCCAGACAAGAAGGCAUGUGGGAUGGUGUGCUCAGCGCGCGAAUUGGGAGGUGGCUGGCUGGGUGCGAGGAAGAUGGCUUACCUGAGCCGCCGCUACCGUCACCAUCUACUUCGACAAGUCCCGAAUCUUCGACUUCGAGCGAGAUGAGGAGUUAUCCAAGCCCGCCACGUAUUGUCGAAGAUAAGCGCUCUGUUGGUGGCUGGGAGGCCGGACGGCGGAUAUCGGAGGUAGUGAAUGAGAUGCAUGGUUCUAGCGAUGAGUAUGGUGCUGAGGCAUACGGGCCGGGUGCGAAGCGGCAUGCUCAUUCUGGGUUUUUCAGCAUCGGGGAGCAGAAUGGGAAUGGCAGUCUGAAUGGCAAGGCAAAUGGAAAAGCAAAGGCUGUGCCGAGCCGGAAGAAGAGCAGGACCACAAAUGGGAAUGCGAAUGGGAAUGGGAAUAUUAAUGGGAGUGGGAGUGGAUGGUACGUCCCCGAACAAAAUAGAGUGCAGUUGAUGGUUGUGGAUUUCCAUUUGCCAGAGAGGUAUAUCAAGGUUAAGUGCCAGAGAGCACUGCCAGGGAGAGACGGGAAGAGGGAGGAGAGGGAAACGGUCAUUGCUUGGUAG